GGUGCACCUCGGAAUGAGGUCCGACUGGAAACAAACGGUGACGACGCAUUCCAGAGGUUCGCUGCGGAGGUUUUCUGUCUGUAAAAGAAAAGAAUCGAUUCAUUGAAGGAUUCUGUGGUUGCGGAAACAUUUCUUUGGCCUUUGGUGUGACACGCUCCCUCGCGCUGUUUCGUCACAGUGACGGAGGGCUCGUGCGGUGGGAGCGGAGCUGAGCAGCAGAUGCAGGACUGAGAGCAGAGGAAGGAGCCCUCAGCCAUGGAUUCACCAGAGAGGUGUGCCUGUAAUGCUUCGGGCUGAGGAGGAGAGCCGUUCAGGAGGAGAUGGGCUGCACCUCUGCCAAGCAGGUGUCAUCGGUUCCCAGCGACGAGGAGAGUCAGAGCAAAGCCCACAGCAACGGGGACCUGGUCUCUGAUGAGCAGAAGAUGAGAGGAGGGGAGAAAGACAAAGAGUACAUCAGCGGCGAAGAGUCGGGAGAGGACGGCCAUGACGGCACGGAGAAAAGUUCUCUCCUCGGCGUCGGACAACCCUCCAGCCAAUCAGGAGCGAACGGAAAGAUUCUGAGCGUCCACUCCUCAGAGAGUCAGCAGGAAUUCUUCCGAAUGCUGGAUGAGAAGAUCGAGAAGGGCCGGGACUACUGCUCAGAAGAAGACGACAUGACAUAGCCUCCUGGUUCCAAGAUGGAAGACGGCGGGAGAACUUCUGGUUUUAACUGAACUCUGCAUGAGGAGGGAGGAUGCCCCCCCAUCCCACAACCAGACAGUCUAAUGAGCUCCGACAGCAGAUGGUCUCCUCCUGAAACUAGACGUCCAGGAUCCACCCCGGACGGCUCCCAGCAGCAGCGUUUUGGGGCCCCGUGUUUGUCCGUCCGUCCUCGCCGUGCGAAACGAGGCUCAGGGUUAAAGGUGUUGAAGCGUCACUGUAUCUCUCAUGUAGUUCAGUCCUUUCUUCUUCUGCUCCUUGAAGCGAACGCAGCAGAGCCGGUCCCGUUUCCUGCUCCACGUGAAGACGAGGCUCACGCCGCCGCCGCCGCACUCGGAGGGCUCCGCCCAUGUCCGUCACUGUCCUCUCUUCAUGUUCUAAUCUUUCACUCUUUGUUUUUUUUAGGGAAAUUAAAAUAUUUACAGGAA